AUGACAUUAUCGAGAUUAGUCAAUGAUCGUGUAAAUUUAUCUAUUUCACAUUAUCUACGAGAUAAGUAUCCGUUAUCGAUUAUUCAACGUUGUUAUGAAGAUCAAUUAAGAUUAAAUUAUGAUGAUUUUCUUAGUAAUAGUGAUUUACAUGUAGCUUGUAUGAUACUUGAAAAAGAAAGUAAAUAUAUCGAUGGUAACAAGGACAAUAUUAUUAUACCACAUAUGUAUAUGAAUAAAUUACAAGAACAAAAUGGCACAAUCACCGCGUAUUCAAUGAAAAAUACUAAUUCAACAUUUGGUACUCAAUCAAGCGAUACAAAGUCAAAUAAGAUACCAUCAAUUUAUUUUUAUACUUCAACAUGUACACAAUGUAUAAUUGAUCAAAAACGAUUGAUAUUUAUACCAUGCCAUCAUGGUACACUACGUUUAUGUUGCGGCCACACAUUAAAACAAUGUCCGCAAUGUAAAACAAAUAUCCAAACAUUCGAACGAGUUUUAAUGUAAAUAAAAUUAGUGAAAACAUUUAUGUUUGGAAAUAGUUCUAAUUAGGGGUGGCACUUUACUAGUUACUCGGCGUUACUUUACCAGGUAAAGUAAAGAACUUAAUUACUUAGUUACUUAGCAAGUAGUAACUAUGUUAGUUGCUCGUUACCAGUAACGAGUAACUAAUGUAGUUACUUCGUUACAAGUUACGAGUAACUAAUAUAGUUACUUCGUUACUCUCAAGAAAGUAACGAAGUAACGAAAUUUACUUUUUAAGGAAAAAGCAAUGUUCAACUUCUUUUCAAUAUUCUCUAUUGUUCUAACAUAGCACCUAAAUGUUAUGAGAAAUAUUUUCGUUUUGCAUUAUAACUAAUAAAUUCUACAGCUUUAGUCAUAUUAGGGAAACGUGACUUUUUCAUAUCAAGAUUUAUAUGCUAGAACGACAGAGAAUAUCGAAAAGAAGUUGCCUUUUCCCUUAAAAAACAUUUUCGUUACUUCGUUACCUUCAGGAGAGUAACGAAGUAACUAGACUAGUUACUUGUUACUACUAUGCGUUCCAAAAUACAAGACAGUCAGCCACUUUUUGAAUAACUUUUGAUAGGAAUGAGAUGGAGACCUGCGAUUUUCGCUGUUCAAUAGCCAAGACUUGAGCAGAACUUUCUACAAGCAGAAGCAACUUUUGAAAAAUUCCAGAGAUCGCGUUUCUAGAGGAUCUUUGGAAAACCAGCUCCGUUCUCAGAAAACUAACAUACAAUGUUAGUAAUUUUUUUGCAUGCGUAGAUAGUCCGGACGUUACUCUACAAAAUUAUGCAACUCCCGGCUCUCCAG